AGGCAAAGUCUGCUUUUCUAUGAAACCUAGUUGUUGCUUAGGACUUUGUUUUGCUCUUUUCUAUAUGAUCAAUGGUUUUUCUGUCAUUUGACAAUAUUGGUUUUGGUUUUAUGCUAAAAGAAAAACUGCAUGUUUUGUUUUAAUUUCUUCUAUGCAAUUAAACUCCUUGUAGGUUUAAUCUGUCAGGAAAGUGUAGUAAUGGAUCAACUAAAGAAGAACUUGAAGAGAAACGGAGGACACAAGUAGUAGCAAAACUUCAUGCCAUUCUUCGACCCUUUCUUUUGCGAAGAAUGAAGUCUGAUGUUGAGAUUAUGUUGCCACGAAAAAAGGAGAUUAUUAUCUAUGCAAACAUGACUGAGCAUCAGAAGAAUUUGCAGGAUCAUUUAGUUAAUAAGACAUUGGGGAACUUUUUACAAGAAAAAUUGUCAAUUAGAUGUGCUGCAAGUAAGCUUAAUAAUUUGGUUAUUCAACUUAGAAAGAUCUGUAACCAUCCAGAUCUCUUGGAUUCAGCCUUUGAUGGUUCAUUUGGUAUCAGAGGUCUCGAUCUAGAGGGCUUUGCUUCCACAUCUUCUAGGCAGCUUCAUUGCUGCGAAUCUGCUCACUUUUAGCAUCGUCUGCCGCUGUCUGCCACUGACCACUGCGGACCCAACCGGAAAACACACCAGGAGGGGCGCUUCUUCAAGGUCGACCUAUCCCCAAAAUUUUGCUGCCAAUUGCCGGUUCUGUCUCCGGCACGUGUUAUGCAAGGUUCUUAUUGCCUUGAUGGGCGAAAUUAUUUACAGUGGACUCAGUUGAUUUGCACAACGCUCAAGGGACAAAAGAAGUUGAGUCACGUUGAAGGAGACCCUCCAGUCAAAAUGGAUCCAAAAUAUGAAGUUUGGGAUGAUGAAGACUCUCUGAUCAUGACCUUGGAAAGACUUAUUUUAUGAAAAAGGAUACUGCAGCGUGUUAUGAAAUAGCAAGGAGUAGAUAUAGCACAUGUUCUUUUGCCAAGAAGACUUUGAACAAAUCCGGAAGAGAUGAACCAGAAGCAUUCAGAGAUCUCUCAGAUGAUAAAUUUGUUCAAAAUGACAAGUUGGACACUUCUCUUAAUCCAAUUGCCCACAAUUCUAACCCCAUACCUUCGAGGAGUGCUGUGCUUCGAGCUUGCACAAUAACUUCUGCUCUCAUAGCUGCUUUCGGAAUAGUGAUUCGGCAGGUGUCUCAUGUUGCAUCAGUGGAAGGAUUACCAAUCUUGGACUGCUCUACAGAAGUAUCAUUUGGUUUCGAAAUGUGGCAUCUUGAGUUGAUUGCAGGACUUGUGAUAUUAAUAUCACCAUGUCGCUAUUUACUAUUGAAGACAUGGACAGAUUUUGCUGAGUCUAGUGAAGCAGCCAAUGAGCAGGUCCUUAGCUCACUUCAACCUUUGGAUUAUAUUGUUGUUGCAUUUCUGCCUGGUAUUAGUGAGGAAUUACUUUUCCGAGGUGCUAUUCUUCCACUUUUGGGAAUGAACUGGAACAGUGUUGGGGUGGCUGCCUUGAUCUUUGGCAUUUUGCACCUAGGCAAUGGUCGGAAGUAUUCCUUUGCCAUCUGGGCAACCUUCGUUGGUCUUGUUUAUGGAUAUGCUGCAAUUUUAUCCUCUAGCGUUGUGGUUCCCAUGGCUUCCCAUGCAUUGAACAACCUGAUUGGAGGGCUUUUAUGGCGGUAUACAUCAGAUACCCCAAAGCGGAAAUUAAAUGAGUGAUCUCCAUUCACGGAUGCAUCCAUAUCUAUCCAUUAGUUGUACAUAUGUGUAACAAUUGUGACACACAAAUCAUACAGAGGCGAAUCCAAGUUUGUUUGCAAAUGCAGCAACUAAUGGCAGCUGUGUUGUCUCCCCCAUUUUCUAAGGAAAUGUUCAAGUUCUUAUAUUACAGAUUAUCCAUCUAUGCCUCUGUAAAUAUGCAUUUACAAUUAAGAUUUAAAAUGACUAAAAUGACAUAUAAAUUAAGUUUAACGGUUGUAUUUUAUAUAUAUACU